GUUAAGCCUGUUGUCGUACGCUACCUCAUGUCGAGUUGCUGCUGAAAAGCUGAUCAUGAUGCUUCCUCAGGUUACUUUUGUAAUCAUAUUGAUGAUAUUGGUUGGUACAUCCACUGAACAAUCCUUGAAGUCUCCAUUUGCAUCUGUCACAAUCGAAAGCAAUGUAGAAUCAGAAAUCUGCAAAAAAAUUAAUGACUAUGAACCAUGUUUAAAGAACACCUGCCCGGAUCAUAUGCCUUGCUACUGUAGGGAAAAUAAAGAAUACUGUCGGUGCCCAAACUUUAAAGGUCCCUUGGGGGAUUACUGGAAUAUGGGUCCAAAUUGUGAACAGCAGUGGAAUAUCCGCGACCUGAUACUGGUGGCCAUACUUCCUGGAGUUUCCCUUGCUAUGGUUGUUGGUGUCUGUAUGCACUGUGUGUACAGCUACAAUAAACGAAAAUACAUUGCAAAAGCAAGCAAAGGAGUGACCAACAAAAAAGUAACUCGAAGUGAAGCCAAAUCAAAACACUCUGUUAUGAACAUUUAUCAUCAGAAUGACGCAUUUGUUGAAGAUACCGAAACUCAACAGAAAAGUACGGAUUAUCCUUGGAAAAUCCCAAAAGUUAAUGUGCCUAGUAUGGAAUAUCUUUAUAAUCCAGAAGCGAACUACAUUCCCAAAGUCAACAUCAGGAGCAUUAAGCCCGAGUUGAAUAAAAUCAGAGAACAAAUUCCACUUCCGAUGGAACAUGCAAAAUCUUCAUAUGAAGCCAGUGAACAUUUUAUUCCACCAUAUCCCCCAAGAAAUGAUGAUAUUUGGCAGGAUAAUGGGAUGCCUCCUGCAACAUCCUCUGCAAAGCCGAAGGGAUUAAACGGGAUUCAAGUUUUACCUUCAAAUGCAACUGGAUCAAGAUUCAACAAAGAGUCUCCAAUUGAGCAUCCAGGAAAUCAGCAUAUCGGCAAUCACUUUGCUAUUCCACGGCCCCAAUAUGGAGGAAGAGAGAUACUUUAAACAAGGGAUUCUGAUAUUUAAAAAAAAUAAAUGUAUAAAUGAAGCUUCUAUAAAUAUUCCUAUGAUUUAAUGAAGUGUCUUGGUGGAAAUAAUCAACCAGCACUCUAUUGAAGAAAAUAAUAAUAAUGAUUUUUUUCUGCAUAUUAUAAUUUCAAAUACUAGGUAUUUAAAGAACCUAGCAUAAGGAAUGUAACCCUUUCUUCUUUUCGGUGAAGAGGCCCAAUACUAAAUUCUAGCAAGAAUUGUUCUUGCAGCUAUUAAAUGCCUUCCACUUCUCCACAAAAUGAGACUUAAGAAAGUCUAACGGUUGCACAUCCUCUGUGCAGUACCUAAGCUAAAGAAAAGAUGUUUACAAAAUGGAAAGAAAAAUAAAUAUAUUGAUCAGGUUCAUUACAUCCAAAGCUGCACAUGUAAUCAUUGAACAUCAAGUUGCCUCGCAAUUAUUUGUAUUGGAGGUAGUGCAGAGCUAAGGUCAGAGAGUCUAUGGAUGCAUGAACUAUUGAUCAAGUGCAGUGAUAUGAUGUGAAAAUAAAGUCUCCAGGAUAAUUAAAUGAUAGGGCAUCAGAAAGGACACCGGUGCAUGUAUCUUCACACAACAGAAAGAAUCAGGAAGUAGUUCCAAUACAGGAGUAAAACAAUAUGGUGAAGUUGUAGGAGUACAGGAAAAUACCUCAGACCAAAAGGAUGAUAGUCUAAGGAGAAACUAUUCACCAGCAGAUCCAGGUAAUUUUAAAAAUUAAGCAAAUGAGCAACAGAAUGAGCAAAGGUGUUGUUCAGCACAGUAGUUUAGACUGCAUAUCCAGAGACCAUGUUAAAUUUAAGGAUAGAUCAGUGAGGGACGCAAAAUGGCCAGAAAUGGGCAACGCAUCUAAGUAAUUUUAAACCAACAGUUAGCUAGGGUUGAAUGCACCUAAUGUUAGAACCAGUACAACUUAGACAGUGGAAUAGAGCAGGAUGUGGAGAAAUACCAUUGGGCAACGGUGGAAGUCAAGAAAAGAGGUAUACAAUGAGAAACUCAAUUGUUAGUUGCCUGCCAGAGCAUCUUCUUGUUAAUUACAACAGGGUCACAAUGGACAAUUACAAGAAAUAAAUCAUUCUUUUUAGUAAAUGUGAACAGUUUAAUUUAUUGCUUGAGUGUCAAAGUAAUCGUUAUAAGAUACCCAUCUCAAUUGGUAUAAAUGAGAUAAUCCAUCCAUUUUCUAUCACAUUCUAAAGAUCGUUAUAUUUAAUGUCAUAUGCAAAUUUAUUAAAGUUUAAAUGCUGUUCAUAAUAAACCAUAAUCCUGCCUCCAUCAUCUCAACCCUACCUAACCACUAUAGAUUUUGCUCUAAUAUGAUUGCCUUUACGUUGUCUGUAAUAUGAUUACUUACAUUGUCUUUUACACUAUCAUAUUCUAGUUACCCAUUUCCUUCUCUCCGGAGAUGCUGCCUGUCCCACUGAGUUACUCCAGCAUUUUGUGUCUAUCUUCAGCUUAAACCAGCAUGUGCAGUUAAUUCUUACACAUUUAUUGUUUAAUGAUUGUUGUUGUUGCAUCUAAUGUACCUGAAAAGUUGCAACAUGUAAUAAUUUCAUUGUUCCAGUUCGUAUAUGGUGCAUAUGACAAUAAACACUCUUCUCCUCUCUUGUUUGGACUGACGCUGUGAUGAGUCUGAUGCUGAGUGGUCCCAGCAAAAUCCAAACUGGGCAUUACUAAGUUGGCAGUUUUCCGUGUCGGGUAAAUGUCAGUGCCAGAACAUUCGAGCUAGGGGCAUGUCAAAUUAUGAUAUGCAAAUCAUCAAUAUUAUAGCCAGAAUGUUAUCCAGUCCCAUAGCUUUUGUUUUAUCCAGUGCUCAGGCCUUUUCUUGAUACCAUAGUUGGAGAAUAACUCCUGUGAUGAUGGAGACCAAAGGAGGAAACUGAGGUGCACCAUUUGACUCUUCUGGUGGAACAUGGCUCCAAAUAACUUAGCUUUCUUUAGUUCUCACAUACUGGCUCCUGCCAAUGUUGUUUAAUCACCAUAUGUAGCAGGACUACAGUGCUUUGAUAUGACAGUAGGUUGUUGGAUCACUCAGUUCUAUCUAUUCCAUGAUGAUUUGACUGUUUAGGAUGCAUUUCGCGAUGUAUUGCACUUUCACCAGGUUGUUACCUUAUUUUGAGGUAUUCCUGGUAUUCCUGCAGUCUUCAAGAAUGAGCCACAAGUUUAAUUGUAAGGGUAGAGUGAGGGAUAUGCGAGGCAUGAAGUUCGACUUUGGCUAUACAACUUCUAAUGAUGUUGGUGAUCCACAGCAUUUCAAGGAUGUCCAGAUUUGACUUGUCAGAUCUGUUCUCAGUUUUACCAGACCAGUACCACACUACACAAUGGAGAUUGUCCUGGAUGUGUAAAUGGUAACUUGUCUCCAUAAGAAUGCGCAGCCGUCUCCCCUACUAAUACUGUUUUGGACAUGCACAUUAGUAACAGAUAGACUGGCAAAGAAGUAGUCAAGUAGAUU